AUGCCCGCCGAUGACUCCUUUGCCUUCCUGGCUGCCGAGCAGCCCAAACCCGUCAAGAAGCCUCACUGGCGAGAUAAGCUCCUGAAGUCGCGAGAUAAGAGCAAUCGCUCAACCGCCGACCAGCAGAUCCAAGACUUCCUAGCCUCGAAUCGUCCCGUGCCAGUCCCUGUCGCAACCAACCAAACCCCCGCCAAAUCUGAAUCUAGAGAUGGUACACCCACCACCGUCUCAACGCAUCAGAUUCCCUCUGCGCACGAUGUCUCCCCCGUUCCCCCGCCGCCGAUCCCUCCCUCCAUGCCCGAGCAGUAUGUCGCGUUCAACCCCAAGGAGGCGCCACCGGAGCCUCGCGAGCUUCCCGACCCCCCUCGGUCCCGCCCGCACCGCAUGCGCAAGGGUCUCCAUGUAGGAUUCUCCGAUCGCGUGCCCGAAAUUAUCGGCGAAGGUGGCGAUGAGACCGAGACCCCCACGAUCGAGAUAUCUCGGGACCGGCAACACGCGCGCGACAAACAGCAAGCCGUCUACCCUCAGAGGACGCCUUCCCGGUCCCCCAACCCGUCGCGUUCUCAUCUGCCGGCACUGACCGUCAAUACCUCGCUGGGCGAUGGUGAUGGUCGAUCUCGACGAGGAGGUUACCCGCAGGGCCAGCAGCGCGGAGCCAGCCCAAGCGCGAGCCCGAACACGAGCUGGAAGCCGCCCCUCAUGUCCGACCCGCGAGACACGGAUAUGCUGAGUACCGUACACCUCGAGACGUCUGGCUCGCGUCUGUCAUUUCGGGGGUCGCCGGACUCGCAUUCGUUUGCGGAGCGUGUUCGCAACCAGAUGCAGGCAGAAGAAGGCCGGGCCUUACAACAACAUCGGUAUGAUGAGGACACUGCAUCCCCGGCGGAUGACGACGAAGACGAUCUUUCCAGCCUCAACUCCCCACCAUCUCACAGCCCCAGAAGUCCCGACGAGUCAGUCUACGACACACCUGCUUCUCAAGCCGGGCCUAGCCUCAAAUCUAUCGUUCAAUCCAUCCGCCAUCCUUCCCGCCCAGCUGUCCAUCGUGACCAUGCCAAUCUGAGUCCCGUUGAUCCUCGGAUACCCCCGAACUUGACGCCAGGAAGCCCGGCCAAAUCUUCGCCAGGGCCGCCUAGAGUCCCAACCCACGAGCCGCAGCCGCCUCCUAUGAACCAGGCGGUUUCUCUGACAGGUCGAGAUGGCCGGGAAUCGGUUCGCACUCCGCAAUCUGCUGUCAUGAACCAGGUGGGCACUCCGGUAUCCAGCCACAGUGCACACGAGUCAUCUCGAGGCCCACAACCGCCCAAGAUGUCUUUACGCUCAGUUGCCAACCAGAUUGGCGACACUUCUUUUUCGGACUUCAAGGAUUAUGUUGCCAAGUUCGACAGUCUCUUCCAAAUGGCCGCCGAGAAUGUAAAACCCCUCGUGGAAACCGCACUGGCUGAAUGGAUUCGUGCUGCAGUCUGGUGGUUCUUGCGGGGCAAGACGCGCCUGGAGGCUUUCGCUCGUGCUCGGGCAACCGCUCCCCCCAGUUAUGCCAAGCAAGCUGUUGUGGAUCUCGGGAAGUCAUUAUGGAUUAAUGAAAAUAUUGUCCCUGGACAUUAUGAACUUAGCCGAUACGGUUCAAUGAACAUAGAGGCCCUCCUCGCUGUGGUGAACACGACGGGUGACAAGGAGAUGAUGGAUCUUCUCACCUUACAUCAGACCCUGCUGAACCAUCUUCGGUCGUUGUCUAUGUCUAUCAAACGGAAUAACAUUCUGUCCGUGAUUGCUUCUGAUGAUCAUUCCCCCAGCCACCUGGACACCAGCGUGUGGCUACGAUACCCUUUCUUUGCCCCCGAUGUAUCGACUGUUUUGUCCGGCAAUGCUUCGAGAUCGAUGCUGGCAGAUAAGCCCGGCAAGAGCCCGAGUAUGAUUUACAUGAUGCCUCUUGGAGAUACCAGCCGAUACUUUAGCUAUGGUACCAUGUUUGUACAAGCAUGUGUGAGCUCCAGCGAUGAUGAUGGACAGCAGUAUGCCAUGCCUUGUGCUUUGACGAUUGUUCGAGAACGCUCCGAUUGGUACGUUUUCGCCGCCAUCACCAGCCAGAGCCAACUUGUCAACGUCAUGAUUCAAUCCGACCGUAAGCAGGGACCGACCUGGGAUGACGUGGACUGGCAAGUCCGAUCUCAUUCCAUGCGUGUGAAGCUCCCCCGCGGGUUCGAGUUGGACGUCAUGUUCAAGGAGGAUGACUUCAAGACUCUCUGGAACAUUGUCAAGUACACACAGAAAUCGGAGGCCAGCCUGUCCCCGGAGCCUGGUGAGAAUGUGGUCUUCGAAAGCACAGUUAAGGUCUUCCAAUACAUGGAUUCGGGUUCGCCCAAAGCCUUUCCCUCUGAGCCAUUGGAACGCUGCCGAAUCCGCUUAUUUGAGCGAUCUGUUACGGUGACGGAAGGUACUGGAAAGCGAAAUGCGCACCGAGGGUUCCGUCUCACUGUUUUGACGAGCCCAAAGGUGAAGACCCUCAGUCAUGUUAAGCAUCUCCUCGGCUACGGAUCACCCGUUGUAUUUGGCUUGCUGAGAGGAGAAGAUGGCGCUCCCGCUCUUUUGCUCAAAGUCACGGAAGACGGUCGUACCCGGUCUAUGCUCAUGACUUUCCAUGAAGUGGAAGAGCGAACGAAGAUCCAUUCCGUGCUGCUUGGCAUGGUGCCUCGUAACGGCGAGACCAAGACCCCAGAUAUCCCGCUCCGCUCUUAUACCAUUGAACAGCCCGGUGAUUCGGCCAGCGGUCGCCCUCCAACCACCUGUCUCUCCUUCCCAGCCGGCAAUGCCUGCGUUAUUGAUCAAGAACACGAUUACGUGGACCAUGGAUACGGUCCCACCAUUCUCUCGGAACACCUGAGGGCGUUUAUUGCUACUGAGUGGGGAUCUGUUACGGAUCGAAUUAAUUUAGGACCUGGUGAACUUAAGAUUGGCCUGGAUGUCAACCGUGUCACUGGCAUGAGCCUGUUCCGCCCAGCACAGCAGGAUUUGACCGUUUCGCUAGCGGACAACCUCAUCAAGCCUGAGAUGCCUGAUCAGGUAUCAGACUUCCUUCGGAAGAUCACUGCCAGUCCCAUGGUCCGCCGGUUGGACUUUGGCACUAUGCAGGAUCUCCACGCCUUUGAACAAGCCGUGACUGGUUUCCAAGUCAUCUAUGAUGGAAUUGCAUCCUCUUUCACCAUCUCGCGUCGCCGCAUGGUGGUUCCUAUCUACAAGAAAUGGGAGGCUAGCCUGGCUCGUAUCCAGAUUGUGCGACAAGAAAAGGUGACCCAGCUGCUUGCAUUCUUCGCCGACUUCCACCACGGUACCUGCAUGAACUUUGUGCUCAAAGGCACGGAUCACAUUGAGACCUUUGGCCGAUCUGGCAAAUUCGGUAUCCGCAUUGUUGAUGCCAAAUUCGCGCUUCCUAAGAAGGAUGAUGACCCGGCGUCGAACUUCGUCUGUCUGGAUAUGCCGGAGUAUCCUAUUGAACACGACGAUAUUGCUAUUGCGUUCGAUACAGAGGCUGGUGAGUCUCUCCCGCGCCCCCUUUUUCGGUUACUUUUCUUGUUCCCUAUGGCUUCAUGA